AUGUCUGACUCCGAGGAUCCUCUCGAGCAUAUUGACGAAGGCGGCGACGACCUCUUUGGCGAUGAAGAUGAUGCCGUUUCGCCGGCGCCUCGCGUUGUCGACGACGACGACGAUUUAGCUUCAGAUCCCGACGAUUCGGGUGAACGUCGGCGCUAUGACGAUGAGGAUAACCAAGUUCAACAUGAAACUAAAGAGAAAGUUGUCAUGGCUGUACAAGCGUACCGUCAUCGCAUUCCCAAGCCCAAGGACAAUAUGCUACGCGUCAUGCGCGUCCCCAAAUUCAUCAAAAUUAUGCCCGAGGAAUACGUAUCCGAAAAGUUUGAGCCUACCGAAUUCGAUACCGCCAACGCCAAACAAGAACAUCCUGCCCACGUUGCAAGGGUACGCCGAAACGAUAGUACGGGCCUACUUCACAGCAAUGCCAAUGUCUACCGCUGGAGUGAUGGAUCUAUAACUAUCGGUAUCGGAGGCGAGCAUUUUGAAAUUCAAAAGAAGGCUCUGGCACCAGCGCCCGGUCAGCCAUACGACGAACUCAAAGAUGGCCAUUAUUACGCUGCCGCUGCAGAAUUGAGCAGCAAUUUGCUAAUGACGGUCGGACACGUUGCUGAGCAGUUCAACGUGCGGCCAAACAAGGGAGGUGGCGACGAUGCACUGGCUCUUCUUGCUACGCGUAUGCAGCAGGCUAGCAAAACCGUCAACGAGGACGACAUGAUUAUCCGUACAACUCGGGAUCCGGAACUACAGAAAAAAGAGGCCGAACUGGCAGAGAAGGAACGCAUGAAGGCACAAAGACGGCGAGAAAAUGCGGCUGCCAAGAUGGACGGCCUGGGACGGUACAACAGAGGAGGCCUCUCCAUUGGUGACCUGGAGGGUGGUCGAAGAGGAGCCGGAUUUGGCCGGAAGAGAGGGCCCCCCGGGUCCAAACCCAAGCGCAGAAACCCCGAAUACGAUUCUGAUGAUGAUUUGCCGCAGGGCGUUCGCAGGCAGGAAGACUACGACAUGGACGAUGGCUUCCUUGUCGGUAGCGACGACGAAGAGAUGGAGAGUGACGCUGAGGAGGAGGAGGAGGAGUUGUUGGAUGAUGACGAGGAUUAUGAUAGACGUCGCAAGUCCAAGAAGCGCAGAACCCGUCAUUCUGAGGACGAGGAUGCCUCGGGCGAUGAAGUGGUUGAGACGUCUGGGCGCGCCAGACGGCGCAAUGUCGUAGACGAAGACGACGAUUGA